AUGGACGCUUUGAGCGAGAAAUCGCCAAACCAGGCCGGACAAAGUCCGCACGGUGAAAACAAAAAUCAAGUGCCUGACAUUCUGACUGAUAUUGAGGCGCAGUUAGCCAAAAUGGAGGGACUCAACGAUGAAGGUAGUAGCAGCAAUACCAAUGCAACUUCCGAUGGGGGAUUAUCAAGAUUACUGUCGGGAGAAGUUCAAGUGCCAACGAAUUCUGUAUCUUCGGACAAGAUGCAGUUUCGUUCUCCCAACGUCGUGUGUCCACCGGAUAGUGUAGUUCCUAAAGUGCCUACACCGGGGGCCAUACAAUCGACGUUGUCAUCGUCCAGACUGCAGUCAGGACCUUUUCCUUUUACGAGCAUGAAUCAGGCGAUUCAGAGCCGGGAGAACAGCUCACUAGGAGGAGGAGGGACAGGUGGAAACGUGAGCACGUCAACUUCUUUCACACCACCACCACCUUAUCCUGGUAAACAUCCACCGGUGACGUUGUCGAGUCCGUUGCUUGUCAAUUUGCUUCAAAAUGACGGAACUUCUGCGACCACGACGACGACGACAAAAUCAGAUGUAGAAGGAUCGGGUAAAAUUCAAGCAAACGGUUCUAUGUUGCACCCGAACGUCUCAAAAAGCCUUACUCAAAUUUCCACUGUAAAAAGUCAUCCGCCUCCACCAUCACCUUCAUCAUCAUUCGCGCCGAAAACGAUCCCGAGCGUUCCUGCACGAACAACAGGCGUCUAUUCUGCGUCAGCUGUGACCGUUCAAAAUCAUAUUCCACCACCACCGCCUCCCCUUCAUCCAAAGAUCGUACAUUCACAACCGACCGUUACCGUAAACAGUAGUCUCAAUACGGACACCUGUUACAAACAACUAGUUCAUCAUCAGCGAAUCAAUAGUAAUAGUGUUAGUGCUUCAUCAAACAAUGCAAAAGUGCCCGCGCUUGUCUCGAACAGUGCCGUCGUUCAACAACAACAAACAACUAAUAAUUCGUUACCGGAUCGACAGUGUUCGACGAUGAUUGCGAAACCUAGUGCCGUUCUCCAAAACUCAGGUGAACUGGAACUGUCCAGUCAAUCGAUAGUUGCUAACAAAAUGCCACAACACACUGCACUCACUUCAAACAAUAAUAGUAGUAGUAGUGUCUCAUUAAUUCAACAGUCAUCCUCGAUCCUUGACGAUGCAAAAAGCAUUGCGUUUCGAUCGUGUUCGCCAAGUUUGAUGGACGAUUUGACUCCAACGUUAACGGAUUUGAAGGAAUCCGAUUUGGACCAGUUGUUACCAACUCUUGAACACGACAUUGCAAGUAGUCCACCAGAGCUGCCUGAGGUGUUCACCGACACCAAAGAUCGUCGUAAGUUUCUAAUCAAUCCACUGACGGGGGAGCUCGAAUUGCAAUCCAGCAGCGACGAGAGUGAAUGUGAUCCAGAUGAGCAGAUAAAAAAUGUGUUCACGGACCUGUCUUCACCUGCAGCGUCUGUUUCCGACGAUGACAUUGGUUCCUUAUCGAACCCAUCAACCACGACAAUGAUGGUAACUACAGCGUCGAAUCGAUUGCCGUUGGAUGCAACCACUGGAACUGCGUUGGAUCAUACCGGUAGCGACACGACAACAUCGGCGAAAAGUUCGAAACUAAAAAGUACAAAAGGGAGGCCAGAACGUUGCAUUGGCGGUCGUGAUUCUCCCAAAUUGAAACCGACUGAGAAAAUCAAAUUACGGUUGAAAUUGGAAAAAUCGGAACCAGUGAGCAGUGGGUACAAGGUCGAUGUGAGUUUUAUCAACACACCCCCGAAGAAAGCAACAACUUCAAACGUGAUAGCUACAGGUGAAGAAUUGCGUGUACCUCCACUUCACAUUUCACUAAGAGGUCGCAAUCAUGUUGUAAUUAACAAUAAAAAAAAGGUAAAAACAAAUGCAGAUGGUAACUUGAACAAACCGAAAGUUCGGAAAGCUCAAAUCGAGUUUAAGCCCAGAAAAGUGGGAGAAUCGGACAUGGAAUCGGACGAUCGCUCUUUAUCGCCUUUAAACAAAACUAAUAGCAGUGGCGAUUUUGCAAACACCAGUAAUAUACCGCCCGACCACACCAAAACCAGUGCCUUGGAUUCGAGAAAAAUCAGGAAGAUAAAAUCUGUACAAGAACACCGUGAACAAAACUUGCUUACGGGCGGUCACUUAGUCGAUCGAAGUAAAGAGUACGAACACCAAGUGGUUUACAAUACCCAUUUCAAAGAGAAAUUGAAAGAAAGACGAGGUAGCGAUUCGGAAUUGGCCCACAGCGCAAAACGGUUACUGGACAACAACGGAUUAAUUUCGGUUGAUAAGAAGAGGAGGCUCAGCCAGACAGACCACUUCGAUGAAUCUCAUCAGUCAUUAGUCGUGGGUUCGACCAACAUUGGUACAGUAUCAACACUCAGUCCAAAACCAAAAAAAGAGAAAUUGAAAGCAAAAGAUGGAAACAGCAAAGGUAAAGAGAUUGAUCGAAGUAAAAGUUAUGCGAAAAAUGUAGCUGAUAAACUUGCAAGCAAACAAGUCGCCCUUCCGACCGGUGAAAUUGACAUGGAAGCCAAGUUCAAACAGCGACUACUCGAAAACACUACGACAUCAGAUAAAGUACAUAAUAAUAACAGGUCGUACAGAACUACUGAAAAUAGUAACCUACAGAAGACGGACGAUGAGACAGAGAAUCUGGUGCCGAUAUUACCUAACCCGAUUCCGCACAAAGAUAAACCUCCUGAAAUAAUAGAUCAAAAGGCGGAUUUGACAGAGAAACAAGCCAGUCGGUCGCCAACUUCGGGUGGCCAGGGUGAAGAUAGCGGCAUUGAAAGCAUGGACGCUUUGAGCGAGAAAUCGCCAAACCAGGCCGGACAAAGUCCGCACGGUGAAAACAAAAAUCAAGUGCCUGACAUUCUGACUGAUAUUGAGGCGCAGUUAGCCAAAAUGGAGGGACUCAACGGUGAGGAAGAUAUGAACGAAAACAAACAGGACGGCACUACAAAACUAGAACAAUGUUGCGGUCUUACACCGUCGUCGGUCUCAGUAGUUCCAGAGCAACAGAGUAAAGAAACGCCUGGGACGGGCGUAGACCUUAUACCUGAUGGGAAAGACGACGAUUUGGACCCUUUACCAGUUCGUGUAACACCGCCCUUAUACACGUAUUCGAACGCCGAAAAAUCGGUAACGGUACGAAACGACGCUGAGAGUCCUACGUUCGAUUCGGACAGCAACUCGUGUCCGGUCGCUUUAAAGAGUAAAAGUCUUCUCGAACAACUCCUGAUAGAUAUUCCAGACAGUCAGACGCCCAGUUCGCCCAGCCCCGUGACACGAUCGCUGCGAACGCGAGCCUGUUCGAAACUGAACAGUCCUGAACUACUAAAUUCGCCUCCCGUGUCACGUGACAACCAAAAAUUGAAGAACGUCGUCGCGUCGGUUCCAGUGGCGACGGCAGCGACGCCGGCCGUCGCCAAACGAAAGAGACAUGAGUCGGAAAAUUCGAUCAACGCCGAUGACGCGUCUGUUCGCAGCAACAGCAAAAAGACGCGUAAAUGUUCAGAGAACGCUACGGAACUCAUCAAAGCUUGUAUGGGGGUCGAGACGCCGACAAAGUCAACGAUUCCAAUUGUGGUGGUUGGCAGGGAGAAGAAAAUAACGACGACGAUGACGACGACUACCACAACUGCCGGAUCAGGUGGAGGAAACAGCGGUCGGUUGAUAGCGGACGAAAGUUCGGACAGCGACGAACCUUUGAUCGAGGUAGCAGGCAAGGUGCGGAAGAACAACAACAUCGCCAGCAGUGGUGUAAGUGUCGGUAUCACGCCUAAAACAAAAACGAAACUGGCAACGUCAAUCCAAACGCCUGCAACUACAAUUAAUAAAACUGGGUCUAUAAAUACACGGCGUUCCGUUCGUGCUACGCCUGCGCUGAACACGCGAAGUAAGGGUGACAGGGUGCAGCCUGAUGCCGAAGUUUUACGGCGAAAAACUAGGAGUUCAGUAACGGAGGGCGAAAGCAAAAGGCGGAAAGACGUGAAGUGACGAUGCCUGGGAGGCUGCACUUGCUGCAGCCCUCUACCGCCUGCCCCCGGC